AUGCACUUUGCGGAUGUCUGUUGUCUACAAGAGUCAAAGCUCGAAGAGAUCUCUGCAGCAACAUGGAGGGAAAUUGGCGGGCAUCGUCUUGAUAAAUUCUGUUUUGUUCCGGCAAGAGGUUCGGCGGGGGGGAUUAUCGUCGGGUGGAAUAGUGCAAGUUUUACAUGCUCGAUUUUAACAAGGGGCACCUUCUGUCUCACGGUGGAAUUUUAUUCCAAAUUGGUGAACGUGACUUGGCGAUGCACAACCGUCUAUGGUCCCAACGCUCGCGCGCUUAAGCGUGAGUUUUGGGAGGAAUUGAGAGCAAAUGUGGGACCCCAAGACAAGCCGUGGAUCAUUUGUGGUGACUUUAACGCAACGUUCAAGGUGGAGGACAAAAAUGGUGGCAUCCCCAAUCUUGAAGACAUUAGAAUGGCCAAUUUGUUCCUCCACGAUUUAAAGCUUCAGGAGCCCCCGGCGGUUGGUCGCAGGUUUUCUUGGACCAAUGGUCAAUCGGAGGCGAUCUGGGUGAAGCUGGACAGAUUCAUAGUCAAUGAGGAUUGUGCCAGCAGAUUCCCCAAAAUGAUCCAGAAUAGUCUGCCGAGGUUGGGCUCUGAUCAUGUUCCAAUACGGCUUGAGGUGAGAUACCACUGUUCUAUGCCGCGUCCUUUUAGGUACGAAAUAGCUUGGGCAACGGCUGAGGGCUUCGGGGACCUUGUAAAAAAGUGGUGGGAGGAUUGCUCGCUACAGGGGUGUGGGGCUUUCGUGAUGGCAAAAAAAUUAAUGUACCUCAGAGGCCAGCUGCGUACAUGGGCAAAAUUCUCUUUUGGAUCCAUCAAACUCAAGAAACUUGCGUUGUUACACGAACUGGAUUUGCUAGAUGUGGCUAAGGAGAAUGGGGUUCUAUCGGCCGAGGAGUCAAAUCACGAGGUAGCUACCAGAUCGGAGUUGGAUCAAAUCUGUAAACAAGAGGAAAUAUAUUGGAGGCAACGUUCCAGGUUACAAUGGUUGAAAGAGGGUGACGACAAUACCAGUUAUUUUCAUGCGGUGGCCAAUGGUCGUAAAAAUAGAAAUUGUAUUCCUUGUAUUGCUCACAAUGGCGUCACUAUAACGGACCCUAAAGAAAUUGGAAAAGCGUUUUGUGAGCGAUUUCACCAACAAUUUGGUCUUAAGAGAUCUACCCGUUCCUUGAUUGACUUUAGGAAAUUACUGUUAAACAGGAACGCUAUGGAUCUAUCACAACUCGAAAGGCCUUUCACAAUAGAGGAAGUCAAAGCGGCCGUAUUGGAUCUGGGUAAAGAUAAGGCGCCAGGACCUGAUGGUUUCCCCCUACAGUUCUUUUGA